AUGGAGUCGGCAGCCUCCGUCGCCGCCGAGCAAGAGCAGCCGCCCCGGGAGCCCCAGGAGCCGCCCCUGGUGCUGCUGCGGCUAGAAAAACCAUGCCUCCCGCAAGCAACGGUAUAUGCCGAGCAGGUGCAGGACGAGGAGGAAGCGGUAGAGGUGGAGGAGAAGUGGCAGAAUGGCGCUAGCGGGGUGAACGGCGCGAGCGAACAGUCCCCACCAUCGCCACCGCCGGGCGAGGAGCGGUCCCACUGCUGCGAGCCAGCCCCGACGCCACCGGGCGAGGACGGGCGGGAGCAGGGCGGGCUUAUAACGGCACUUGCCCCUGCAGCCGCUGCAGCGCUGGAGCGGGCCGGGCCUGCGCCCGACCAGCCGGCGGAGAACCACAACACUCUCGGCACGAACGUCGUCGGUGCGUCAACGGCUCCGUGCAGCGGUGCGCAACAGAUCGUGUACGUACGCGGUGCGCAAACGUGCGCUCCAGAGGCAACGCCGCUCGGCCACUGCGACAACGUGGUGCGCAUACAGAUUGUCCCGGCAGACGAGCAGGAGGAGCAGCAGCAGCAGCAGCCGGCGCAGGACCAUUCGCUAGUGAAGGACGAAGAAGAACAGUGUGUGCAGUGCGAGGGCGCGGAAGGGCAGGAGGACUGCAACAACAACCACAACAGCAGCAAGUGUCCGGCGCAGAGUGAUCGGACGCUGGUGCGCGUCGCAUCGCCCGACCCGCCGGAACCACCGACCAGCACCGCCGCGAUGGUGCAGAAGAAGCGGCACGAGCCGGCCGACCUGGACGGGGCCCCCUACGUCUACUACAUGGCGGCCCGGUCGGCCGGCGGCUCGACCGGCGGCUCGAGCGGCGGCUCGAGCGGCCAGUGCUCGCCGAGCGACAUGCUCGACAGUGGCACCUGCAGCGAUAUCGAGCUGACGCCGCCGCCGCUGCCGAAAAAGAUGUCGCAACGGUUGCGCGCGUCGUCCGGCGCGAUAAAGAAAAGCCUCGCGGACGGGGGCGACGUGGUGCGGCCGGCAGUGACACCGCCGCCGCCGGUAUCGCUGGCACCGCCAACGCCACCGCUCGCAGCGGCACCACUACAGGUAUCGGGCGUUGAUAACGACGACGACAACGGUCCGGAUAGCGUUAUCAGCGUGGCGCACCAACACGAACAGCGGCUCCAGCACCAGCAGCAGGAGACGGCCCGCAACAGACAGAACGCGGAGCAGACGGUCGACGGUUACGACACGGGGCGGACGGCCCACCAGCACGCAGCAAGUCUCAUCUCGGCGACCGACAGUGACGGCUCGGAAUCGUGCCUGAGCUGCGAUUCGCUCAACUUCGAGCAGCUACAGUCGAGCCUGGUGGUGGUGGCGGCGGCAGAGGAGGAAGGACAGCAGCGGGUGCUAGCGAAGCGGACCGGUGGCGGUCCGGCCCUGCCCGACUCGCUGCUCGCCGCAAUACGGGGCAGCCGGCCCAAGGUGUACUGCACCGACGACGACGCGGACGCAGACGACGAACCCGACGAGGACGAGGAGCGGAAGGUGGCCCGCCUGCCGCCGCCGCCGCCGCCGGCGACCCAUCAUGGUGGGCAGCGGUCCGGGGGCGCGCUCGAUCUGAACAGCUUCGCGUCGGCGGCAGCGGCGGCGGCGGCCGUCGCCGCCAGCAGCACCACCACCACCCGCACGCUACUGAUGGACAAAAUCAACAGCCUCGAGGCGGGCCGGGCGGUGCGCCACGAUCAACCCGAUCAACAGCCGUCCAGCAACCUGCCGUUGCUGCACCACCACCACCACCACCACCCAAUCAAUGAGCGGGCGCCGAGCAGCUGCUCGGCCAGCUCGCACACCGCCGAGAGCGUCCGCAGCAAUCAGUUCGAGAGCGACCGGUACUACAAGUUUCAUCUGAACGAGCGGGCGGCGGGCGAGCAGCAGGGCGCGACCCGGCCCGGCUCGCCGGACACCCGGCCCGGACCGUCGGCCGGGGCGGCCGCCGCCGACGACGACGACGAGAGCUUUGCCGGGCUGCGCGACCUCAGCAACGGCACGUCGACGAUCCGCAGCAACAAGGGCACGGUGCGGGGCGUCAAGAACCGGGUCCGCAAUGGGAUCGCCACCUUUCUCCAGAUGCAGCAGACCGGCAUGAAGAACUACAAGGACAAGGAGGCGGGUAAGGUGGUCGUGUACAGCACCAGCAUGGGCAUCGUGCGGGAAACGUACACCAAGUGCGCGAACGUGAAGCAGAUCCUGCGCACGCUGCUGGUCAAGUUCGAGGAGCGGGACAUCUUCAUGAGCAGCGAGUACCAGCAGGAGAUCCGGGAGCGGAUGCAGUCGGACACGAUCAACAUACCGCAGGUGUUUGUGGACGGUCAGCACAUCGGGGACGCCGAAUGUAUCGAGCGGCUGAACGAGAGCGGCGAGCUGCGCAAAAUGCUGAAACCGUACAAGUGUCUGGAGUCGCCGUACAUGUGCAAGGUGUGCGGCGGGUACCGGUUGCUGCCGUGCCCGUCCUGCGGCGGCUCGAAGAAGUCGAUCCACCGGAACCACUUCACCGCCGAAUUCGUCGCCCUCAAGUGCAUGAACUGUGACGAGGUCGGGCUGGUCAAGUGUCACAACUGCUGAGCGGGGGGGUUUUUUUUUUGGGAGGUGUUACAAUUUUAUCAGUACCACAUUACACACACACACAUACACAGAGAGGGAGCCUCCUAACUAAGCAGGUCGACGAACGAGCUGAGCAGGGUAAACGGAGGACAGUGGCAGAGUCAGAGUAUGAUAGUAGCUAAGGAGAAGCUUCAUUUUUUAGGUGCGCGCGUGUGUCUGUGUGUGUGUGAGUGGGUUUAUUUUUGAUAGACACGCAUGACCACGUCGGGCUGGAAGGAGCCGAACAACAGGAAAAAUGGACGCGGUUCCCCUUAUUUCGUUACUUAGUAGUUUGUCAUCUAGCAUGUAUCGGGUUUUGUUCGUUAAGUGAUUAGUGUGUCCCUGGUGUACUUCCUUCUUUUCUUUCCUCUUUCUCCACACACACAGACACAUGCACAAAUACACAUAUUAUUAAAAGAAUAUUUUGUGCGCCCAAAAAAGCGACAGUCAGUUAGCUUUCUUCCAUUCUCCUAUAGUCACCACGUGGUAGGCACAUUAUUUAAGCAAAUAUAACUUUUUUAUUAUUUUACAUAGACACACACACACACACAUACAUACACAUAUUAGUAAGGUGCAAGAACCCCAUUCAUCCUCAAAUAGCAGCUUUAGUUCUGUGUUUUUUUUUCUGCUACCUUUUCUGUAUAUCUAUGCAACACACACAAACAAAACGGGAAGGGGCCGGCAAGCGUUUAUUGUACAUAGUGAUAAUCCGUACUGCUACUACUAGCAUCACUAGCUGUGUUGUUGUUGUUGUUUUUUUUGCUCAAACGUAAUGUAAUCCGACUUAUCGACUUUCAUUCUAGACCGCAUUAUCUUAAUCAUUAUCUUAAUACUCCUUCCCCCCUUUUUUUUGAUGGCCGUAAAUACAACGGUUGCUGCGCUGCCCACUGCCCCGGAAGCCAGUCGUGACCAGGCUAUUUGUGUGACGUGGAGGAACUAGAUAGGGUGUGAUAGAUAGAGGAAGAGAGAGAGAGAGAGAGAGAUAGGGAAAAAGGAGAAGGAGAUAAUCAUUUAAAAAAAGGAUACACAGGUGGAUACAGCCCGAGGUGGUGCUGGCCUGCGAAAUGGUACCUAUUGCUCGGAAAAAUAUAUUCCUAAACAAGCAAAA